CCAAGCAGCCACGACGCGAAGCUGCCGCCGCCGCCGCCGCCUCCGUGACCUGAGCUACCCACGUCCCUCCCGCCACCCCCGGGAUUUCCUCCCAAUUCCUGCAUACCUCCUUCGGCGCCGCCGAGCACCUGUUCCCAUCCAAUGGGCCGGUCGAGCCGCAACAGCCGUACGAAGAGACGUCCUCAGGAUUCUUCAUCUCCACCACCGCCGCCACCUCCUCCUCCUCGUCUGGCUCCCUUCCCACCACAUUGUUGCGGCCAGGUGCAUGGUGCUGAUAGCAAUGAUGGACGAGAUAGGGGUGAAGGUGCUGUUGAUGCUCGUCAACACAGUUCUAAUGAUGGUAGUGACAAUGAUGUGGAUAUCGGAGAUCCUUUUCUUACCGAUAGAUUUGGAAAUUUGACAAGUUGGAGGUUGAGUGAUUUGGAGGCAGCAGCAGAUAAUUAUCUUGAAGAUGAAGAAAGUGAAACAGAGGUAGAAGAAAAGAAAUAUUCCAAAAAGGAAAUGCUAAAGCGUGAUGCGGACCGUAAGAAACAGUACAUGGAAUAUGCUUUACAGAAAUAUAACAAUGAUGAGGAUCUUGCUGGGGAGAUGCGUUUUGUGUUUGAUGAAAGUAAAGAUGAAGUUUUCAUUAUUGAAGGAAACAUGAACUUCUAUGAACACUUCAACUUUACAGCUAAGCAGGCUGGUUCCACUGUUCUAUUCUUUGCUGAAGUGAUCCCAGACGAAGGAGAACUGUGUGAUGUUCUUUGCUGCAAGCCUUUGGAUUCUGAUGACAAUGGACAUUGCUUUGGUUGUAAGAAUCAAGGUUCCGUGGACUUGAGGCAUCCAGCUGGCGAAAGUUUGUAUGUUGGAGGUCAUGUGGAUUGCGAGUUCCCAUUUAUGUGGGAUAGUAUCAGUGAGGAUGACUCUGAUUGAGAGGGAAGAUGUCCUAGAUGGCCAUAAAGAAUGUCUGAUGGGGGCGUUGGUCUUCUUCUGUUAUUCUCCAAAUUUUAACGUCUAUGUGGUGCCACUUUUGUUUGGAAUUGGAGGGCGUGUAUAAAUACGUUACACUAGCUAUAAUUACUUCGGAAUUCAUAAGGCACGAACAUUCUCUCAUCUGCCUUGCAGCGUGACUGGGCUGCACAGUGAUCUGUGUGAGCGGGUUAUGAUCGCGCAGCGGCGGUGAUUGGGACGUGACGAGUUAAUAAUGUGUCAUGCAUUGACUGGGUGGCGCUAAGCUCCUGUCAAGCACACCAAUUUCCUAAUUACUUUUGGUAUUCAUACGUUGCUUGUGUAUAAUAAAUGGUGUUACUUCAUGCCCG